AUGACUGCUGGGCUGCCCUCCAAUGGGUAUCCUCCCAUUCCACCAAAACCCUUACCAACACAGACCCAUGGUGGUGAUAGUGCUGGUGGUAACAUUGUGCAUAACAUCGCCAUGCAUGCAGGGAUUGAGGUUUUACCAGAGCCCAUUAUAGAGCCUGAACAGAACAUUGACCACAAGAUUUGGAGUCUGGUGUAUCCAUCCGCACCAGGUGGUGUUGAUAAUCCCAUGCUCAACCCUGUGGGUCCUGGUGCACCUAGUUUGGCUACACUUGGAUGCUCUAGAAUCAUUGUGUGUGUUCCUAGCAAGGAUAGAUUAAAGGACAGAGCUGUUAGGUAUUAUGAAGCUAUGAAUAAAAGUGGAUGGCAAGGGAAACUGGAGUUGUUUGAAGAGGAAGAUGAGGAUCAUAUUUAUCAUUUGUUCAAGCCAGAAUCUGAGAGUGCAAAAAGUUAA